UUUUUUUGUAUUUAUGACGUAUUCGUUAACAGAGCAGCGUUACCAUACCUAUACCUUCUGUUACAUUUCCAAUAUUUUGUAAUUGUUGAGUGAGGUACAAUGGACAUACUGAUAAUAACAAAGGUGUUGGUUUUAUUUACUAUUUAUUGCGCUGACUUUGGAGUGCAUUCGGUUGGAAGAGGAAGUACUGACAUCUGGUGUGAGUCCAGCAAGGAAAGAAAGAACGUCAGUGUUACCUACAGAAUGUGUUUAAAUGAUGUUCCAGUUUUCGUGAAAGUCACAAUAGUAAAGCCGAGCGACUUGUCUCUUCCACACCAAUUCAACACCAGAGUCAAACGAAUAGAAAGUUACGGGUUCUUAGCUGAAAUAUCACGCACGGAUAUUAACUCUGGAUGGAACAGCAUGUCGCUCACAGUCGAAUGGAUUAUAUACAUGAAAACAGACUUUUCCAGCUGCCAGAAAAUUUACGAUAAUGGCUACAGGAGAAAUGGCUUGUACAAUAUUUAUCCAGAUAAAAUGACCAAGUUGGAAGCUUAUUGUGACUUGGAAAAUCACGGCGGAGGGUGGACGGUGAUUCAGCGCAAUAUUGAUAAAGGAACACAUUUUGAUCGAAAUUGGACAGAUUAUGUAACUGGGUUUGGAAACAAAACUGCUGGGAGCUUUUGGAUUGGGUUGGAAAAUAUACGAGAAUUGACAAGAAAUGGAGACAACGAACUGCGCAUAGACAUUACAACUUGCAACAACACGAAUAUCACAGCUGAAUAUUCUAAAUUCAUGGUUGGUCCGGAGAGUGACAGGUACAGAUUAACGAUCACUGGUUUUCAGCAUAAAAAAGGUAAACAGUGUGAUCAGGGUGCACGUUGGCCUUGUGGAAAUAAAAAUAUUACCAAAUUUGAAUGUGAAAAUACUGCUCAAGAUUGCUGUUAUUUUGAAAAUGCGACUGGAGCUGACCGUUGCAGACAUACAGCGGACGCAAUGGCAUGGACCAACGGUUUUCAAUUUUCCACAAGAGAUAGAAACAACAACAACUGUGCAAAUACACGAAGUGGGGGUUGGUGGUAUACACAAUGUACUUUCGCCAGCCUAAACGGAAAGAACGAACCAUGUAGGAGAGGAACAGCCAACGCUUACUGGAGGAAUUGGAUACCCACUGGCCGUCAUGAAGGUUUAAGGUUUACCCAGAUGAAAAUACGACCACUUCGCAAUUCUUGAAACGUUUAGAAAAGGCGAAUGCGUGUUUUUGUAAAAAUGA